GGCGGGGGGCGUGGCCCCCGGAAGGGGGCGUGGCUAAAUUGGCGCCAAGCCCGCGCCGCCACGUGCCCUGUGCCCGGGCGCGGGUCGGGUUUUGGCGGGUGAAACCGGUUCCCCCCGUCUCCCCCCUUCCCGGGAUGCCUUCCCCCCCCCAUCCCCCAACACCCCUGGGGGGGGCUGCACCACACACACCCCCUCCCGCCCCCGGUGGCCUCGUCCUGGUGAGGGAGUGGGGUUGGGGGGGGCACCGGGCCCAGGGGAUGUUGUUCGCCUUCCCACAGUCCCAGCGGUGGGGCGCCGGUAGCUCCCCACGGCCCCGGAAGGUGGGGCAGCCUCCGUCCAGCCCCGCAGCUCCAGGGUGGCAGGGUGACCCCGGUACUGCCAGUGCCCCGGGGUGGCCCAGCCAGGGCGGCCCAGCAUCCCCCCAUCCCCCCAUGAGCAUCGGUGGGCCACCGUGAGCUGGGACCCCCAGCCACCCCCCUGCUUUCAGGCAGGCAACCGGCGAGGGUAUGGCAAGGGCUUUCGUGCCCCUCGGGGAGAGGCCGGGGAACAGCUGGGCGGCUCCCCACAUCUGGAGCAGGGCGGCCAAGCGAGGAAUAAUCCGGAGGAUUAUGUGUGUGCGCGGGCGCGGUGCCCCCCCCCCCCGCCUGCCCUGCAUAUCCCCAGAUAUUCCAUAAAAACCUCAAAUCCCUACGCAACCCCGGCCACUGUCGCACCCCCCUCCCAGUCCUGCUUUGCCCCGGGAGGGUGGCAGCCCCCCAGAUCUGCGCCAGCCGGCCCCCCCCGGGGCCAGGCAUGCCCUGCGGCACGGGGGCAGGCCCCAGCCAUGGGCAACUGCACCAAGACCCCUGAGCGGAGGCUCCCCAAGGACGGGAAGCCGCACACCGGCCCCCCGGCUCCUGGCGCUGAGGACCCUGAGGAGGCGGCAGAAGCGGCACAGUCUCCCCCACUGCAGAACUACUCGGUGCUGCAGGGGCUGGUGGGGCCAGCCUGCAUCUUCCUGCGGCAGAGCAUCGCCAUCACCCAGAUGGACCGAGAGCUGCGGCCAGAGGAGAUCGCAGAGCUGAAGCAGGCCUUCCGGGAGUUCGACAAGGACCGCGACGGGUACAUCAGCUACAAGGACCUGGGCGAGUGCAUGCGGACCAUGGGCUACAUGCCCACCGAGAUGGAGCUCAUCGAGCUGUCCCAGCAGAUCACCGGGGGCAAGGUGGAUUUUGAUGACUUCGUGGAGCUGAUGGGCCCCAAGAUGCUGGCAGAGACGGCGGAUAUGAUUGGGAUCAAGGAGCUGCGCGAUGCUUUCCGUGAGUUCGAUACCAACGGGGACGGAAAGAUCAGUAUGGCGGAGCUGCGGGAAGCCAUGUGCAAGCUGCUGGGGCAGCAGCUCAACUACCGGGAGGUGGAUGAGAUCCUCAAGGACGUGGAUCUCAAUGGGGACGGCCUGGUGGACUUUGAAGAGUUUGUGCGGAUGAUGUCGCGCUGAGGGUGGUGCGUGCCAACACGAGACCCCAGCCCCUGCCGUGCCUUAUGAAGAGGAGGGGGCCGCGGAGGAGACGCCCGGCGCCGGCCGCUGCAGCUGGGGUCGUGCCGGCGCGGCGCGGUGCCCGGAAUGAGGCCCUCGCUUCUUCAUUGCCGGAGGUACCCACGCUCAUCCUCAGCCGUGCAUCUGUCCGGCCGCCGAGGUCCAACCGUGGCAUGGGGCACUGGGGCCACUGCCAGGUCCCUUUUCAGCACAGAUUUGGCCGGGCAUCGGCCGCUCUUGCCCUGACCUCUGCUCUCUCCCGCUCCCCACCCCGCAGCGUCCCCCUUCCCACCCUGACCUCACCCCACCUGCUGCUGCCCAAAACCCGAACCCACCAGUCCCCCCUCCUCCAUCUUCCCCCGGCUCGUCCCUUCAGCCUCCGUUUUGACCCCUGUACCCGAAGCCGAGCCCCUGACAUUGACCCUGCUCCCCUUGCGCUGUGAUUUAGGACUGACCUUACAGUGUUGCCCCCAUCACCCGUCCCCCAUCACUGUGCUUUGAGCUCAGGCUUACCCCUGACCCUGCUCCCUCCUGCCCCGCGCCGGCGAGGCCUCCCUCCGCUUUCGGGGUCUGCACGGACGCUCCCUCCGACGCCCCCCCAGCGCAGGGGGGGACACCUCGGCGCUCCGGCCAGGACAUCCUUGAGGAAAGAAGCCGGGAAUAAAGCUUUAGCGUUGCCCGCCCGGGAGCGCGGGGCAGGCUCCCUGCCUUGCGUGUAGUUUGGGGUAAUUUUUGCACCUCUGAGUUAAGGAAACCCUCUGCUUCCGAGCCGCGCUCCCCACCUUGGGGGUGUGUGUGAACAAAUGUAUUAAUUUUUUUCAAUCUUUGCCCUUUUGAAAUGAAAAACUCUCUCGA